AUGUUAUUGUAUAAAAAAUAUGGUGACAUGUUUGAAGUAUAUUAUGCAGGAGACCGUAAAAUCGUAUUAAGUAGACCAGAUUUAAUUGAAAAUAUUAAUAGCACUUCAACAAAAACUAAAUAUCCUCAUAGAUUUGAAGAUACAGAAGGACUUGUUGAAUAUGGAAUUGGUGCAGGAGUAGGCAAUAAUAAUGAUCUCAAUUCUUGGAGAUUUAAUCGUCAAUUUUUUACUCAGGCUAUGUUUUCAUCAAAAUUUGAAAUUCUAUCUGUUGAAUGUAUAAAUGAACUAUGGAAAGAAAUAGAAUCCUAUUGGAAUGAAGUUAAUGAAAAUAAAGAAAUUGAUCUUGUAGAAUGGAUGCAUAGAGUUACACAUGAAAUUAUUUUUAAAACUACAACUGGAGUAAAGCCUAAUGCUGUUGCCGCUUAUUAUUAUACCGUUUUUGCUCCUGAAAAGCUUAAGUCUUUAAAUAAAAAUGAACAAGAAAAAUGGAAAUAUUAUGAAGGUUUAGUCCAAUCCAUCCAUACUUAUAUGAAUGGUGUUGGUUAUUUUUUCGUUUUAAAUAAGUUUAUUCGUGAAAAUGUUCCAUUUAUUCGCGGAAAAGUAAAGACUUUAUUAAAAAAUAAGGAAAAUCUUUUUAAUAGAGUGGGUAAAAUUGUCAAAGAAAGAAGAAUUGAAAUUGAGAAUACACCAUUAGAUCAACCACUUCGUCAUGAUUUUUUAACAGCACAUAUAACCACAAAUACCCCACGUGAUAUAAAUAUUAUUAACCAUAAUGAAAAGAAUAUUUCGAGACCAAUGACCGAUAGUGAAAUUAUUGACAAUAUAGUUGAGGCAAUUACCGCAGGAACUGAAUCCGCGGCAAAUAUGGUUUGCUUUAUCGUAUAUUAUCUCGAACAUAAUCCUGAAGCAAAAAAACGAUUACGGCAAGAAUUCGAUCAAGUUUUUGGAAAUGACUUAACAAGACCUAUAACAUAUAAAGAUCUUGAUGAAUUAAACUAUUGUGAAGCUGUUAUUAAAGAAGUAAAUCGUCAUCGUCCUAUAGCUUUUAUUAUCGGUCGCGUAAGUAAUGAAAGUGAUAACAUUGGAGGAUACGAAUGGCCAAAAGGAUCUGUAUUUCACAUGCAUUUUGCCUCAAUAAUGAAAAAUAAAAAUUAUUGGACGGAUCCUGAAAAAUUCAAUCCUGACAGAUUUUAUAAAGUUGAAGAAAGUGAAGAUAAAUAUUUACUUGAAAAGAAAAAAAUGAAAAAUACUUAUGAAAUGUUUGGAGGUGGAGUUAGAAUGUGUCCUGGAAGAAAAUUAGCAAUGUUAGAAUUAAAGUGUUUAAUAACAUUAAUUUACAGAAAUUGGGAUAUUGAUUUGGCGGAUAUUAAUGCACCACUUAAUUAUG